AUGGAACUCAAGAUCUUUUUUGGCAUUUCGAUCUGUACAUAGGGAGACUUGGGGGAGGAACCGUCAAGCUCGGUGUAGAAGCGCCUGUCUCCAGCCAUCCUGAUCUAUGACUCAUUCGAUCCGGAUGCGCUUUGCGCUCAGUCGAGCUGUACUUCCUGGUUCACCUAGCCCUUGUGUUCAUCCUCGGAUCUCGGUGGAAGCUACAACGGCGGCGGCAGCAGCAGCAGCAGCAGGACCAUCAAGAUGGGGAGCUGCAGCCAUAAGCAGGCGCAGGCAUUGUUCAGAGUCCGUCACCGAGGAUGUUAUACGAGCCACACGGUCAGACGGAGCUGCUCUGAACGAGCCCGUGGCCUCAAUCAGCUGGAAGCGCUUCGGGACUAGUAGCGCACGAUGUCGGCAAGACAGUGAUCCAGGUAUAGGCGCCUCGCACAAGGCACGGACCACGAAUACAAGCGGUAAUGCAGGCGCUGGAUCCUCGGCUCACGAUGCGGACGGUUCAGAGUCCACUAUAGCUGCGCCAAAUCGUCCAAGAACGCAGGAUGAACGUCUACCCAUUCCCGAACCAUCUCCUCCAUCCUCCCCCGCUUCUACCAGACUCACCACAUCGUCUCUGACAUCUGCUUCCCCUUCUCCUUCCUCCUUCGCCUCGUCCUCUUCCUCACCUCCCUCUUCCCCAUCGUCAUCAUCUUUGUCCUCCGCUCCACCUCCGCCGGGAAGUUCUCCAACUCCGACUCCAACUCCGACUCUCAAUCCCGACGCCGUAAGCGCUACCAAAUCUGAGAAAUCUCAAGCGGAAGCCGAUUGGAAGAUUAUCCUCAAACUCGCUGAGAACAUAUGGCCAAAGAACUCGCCAGGCACAAAGAUUCGUGUACUUGGUGCUCUCGGUCUUUUGAUCGGUGGGAAAGUCCUCAAUGUUCAAGUCCCAUUCUUCUUUAAACAGAUCGUGGAUAGUCUCAACGUCCCUAUCACUUCUGAGACUACUGUAUGGGUUCUUGCAGGAGCGUCCAUCGCCGGAUAUGGAGUCGCUAGGGUCUUCACCACUCUCUUCGGAGAGCUUCGGAAUGCGCUCUUCGCUUCCAUCUCCCAAGGCGCCAUUCGAAAAGUCGCUCGAGAGACAUUCGAACAUUUGUUGAGCAUGGACAUGAAGUUUCAUCUUGAGCGUCAGACGGGAGGUCUGACCCGAGCCAUUGACAGAGGCACAAAGGGAAUCUCCUUCAUUCUCUCGUCCGUUGUCUUUCAUGUCAUUCCUACUGCAUUGGAAAUCACGAUGGUCUGUGCCAUCCUGUCUUGGAAGUUCGGUUGGGACUUUGCCGCGGUCACUGCUGGUACCAUGGCAUUAUAUACAUGGUUCACCGUGCAGACGACUGCGUGGCGUACAAAGUUCCGAAAGCAAGCCAACGCAGCGGAUAACAAGGGUGCCACUGUCUCUGUCGACUCUUUGAUCAAUUACGAGGCGGUCAAGGCCUUCAAUAAUGAAGCAUACGAGGUCAAGCAGUACGACGCGACAUUAAAGACAUACGAAAAGGCUUCCGUCAAGAUCGCCACGAGUUUAGCGAUGCUCAAUUCGGGUCAAAAUUUCAUUUUCUCGAGUGCUCUGACAAUGAUGAUGUUGCUUGCAGCUCAAGGCGUGGUCAAGGGCACAAUGACCGUUGGUGACCUCGUCAUGGUCAAUCAGCUGGUAUUCCAACUGUCCUUACCUCUCAACUUUUUGGGCACAGUGUAUCGAGAAUUGAGGCAGAGUUUGAUCGAUAUGGAGGUCAUGUUCAACUUGCAAUCUGUGUCAGCGACGAUCAAGGACAAACCCACGACCAAACCUCUCUCACUCAAAGGAGGCGAGAUCAAGUUUGAAAAUGUUUCGUUUGGCUACCAUCCCUCUCGACCCAUUUUCAAAGAUGUCUCUUUUACCAUCCCAGCAGGACGGAAAGUCGCUAUAGUCGGUCCCUCUGGCUGUGGCAAAAGUACGGUAUUCCGACUCUUAUUCCGAUUUUACGACUAUCAAUCUGGACGGAUACUGGUCGACGGACAGGAUAUUAAAGACGUCACGCUCGAUUCGUUACGCAAAGCCAUCGGUGUAGUACCUCAAGACACGCCUCUUUUCCACGCCGACAUACUCCACAAUAUCCGAUAUGGCAAUCUGGACGCGACGGAUGAGCAAGUGUACGAAGCUGCCAGACGAGCACAAGUAGAUGAGACGAUUGCAAAGCUUCCAGACAAGUAUCAGACUCAAGUCGGCGAACGAGGUCUGAUGAUUUCAGGCGGGGAGAAACAACGACUCGCCAUGGCUAGAUUGCUGCUCAAAGAUCCUCCCAUCUUGUUUUUUGACGAAGCGACCAGUGCGCUGGACGUGUAUACCGAAACGGAAUUGAUGAGGAAUAUCAAUGAAGUGCUAUUGGGAGGAGGCAAGACGUCUGUAUUUAUAGCCCACCGGUUGAGAACCAUCUCCGAUGCCGACCUCAUCAUCGUCCUUCAAGACGGUCAUGUGGCUGAACAAGGUUCUCACGAUCAGUUGAUGCACAUCCAGGGCGGAGUGUAUCGACGGCUAUGGGAAGCUCAAUUGACGGAGAGUACGAGUGUGAACGAGGACGAAGGAGAGGUGGAGCAAGAAGUAGUGGUCGUCAAGGGGACUCAAGAUGGAAAGGAGGGUGGGCGAUAAGCGUGUUUCCAGGGGGCAAGGACCUAUAAUUACAGGAAUGACUCUAGGCGAGGGUCAGGGACUCCCAGACAUUUGGGUCGAAAGGCAUGGGAUGCCUUUUUCGGAUUAAUGGGACCAUCUAAUUCUCAUCCAAAGGUGGCAUCGGGAUAGACGCAUAGACACGUAUUCUUGCAUCGCUUGCUCACAUCUCGACUGAUUGCGCCUCCCAUCAGCACCUCGUUCAACAUUUUGUGAUCAGGGAGGGGUGAAAGCCGAAUGUGGCACUGCGUACUGUACUGUAAUUUGUUGGAUCUAGACUGUACUUUAUCAAGAAAUCUGGAUCGUGUCAACCUUGACUCGUAUUCGAGCUGAGACAUGGAUCAUAGGGCACAUCCUCAACGGUGCCAGCGGACGACUUCUUAGACUGACACAAUUGAAUGGAGCCGGACUUAUUAGUUCAAAACGCGAG